CUUGAGAAGGUUCUUGAGUUUUAUGUAUUUAUUUUUUAAUAAAUCGUUUUUGCGCUGAGAAAAAAAACAUCAAAUGCCGUUUUUAUUUCAUGUGUUAUUUUUAUUAAUGAUAGUUUUCGUUCAUGCGAGUAAACUUUACCUACCCGUGUAGGGACUCUUAUUGUGUCGGGUUUUUUUCAUAUGUUUUCCUAACCUGGAAACACACUACGCUGGAGUUUCUCUGAUGUAAAUGUAUGAAAAUCGCAUUAAUGUGGUGCACGCGGGGUUAAGCAGGUUAAGCGGACUGAUCUAAACGCAUUGUGUAAAGAUGCGAUGGACUUGGAACAGCUUGAGCUCAGUCCAAGAGUCAGGAAUGCUCUGAGAAAGGCCUGUGUGAGAUCGGUGAGGGAGGUGCUGAGUGUUUCUGCUCCGGAGCUGCAGCACAGACUCGCUCUCCUGUCUCUGAGGGAGGUGAAGGAGCUGCAUGCUGCUGCCGCCGCUGCCUGUAGGAGCUCACCACCCGUCACAGCUUUACAGUUGGCUCGUGGAGAAUGUCCUUCCUUGGAACCCGGACACAGACUUUCGCUGGCCUGUCCUGUUUUGGAUAAUCUUUUGCGGGGUGGUCUUCCUCUGCGUGGAAUAACAGAGCUAGCAGGUGAGAGUGCUGCUGGAAAAACCCAGUUUGCACUGCAGCUUUGCCUCUCUGUCCAGUAUCCACAGGAACAUGGGGGACUGGGAUCAGGAGCUGUUUAUAUCUGCACUGAAGAUUCUUUUCCCAUUAAACGGCUGCGGCAACUCAUUACCCAGCAGGCCCGACUCCGCCCAAAUGUGCCACAGGCUCUGAUCCGCAGCCUCCGCUUCAGUGACAAUAUCUACAUCGAGCACACUGCAGACCUGGAAGCUCUGCAGGCGUGUGUGUCGCAGCGGGUGCCCAUGUUACUGGAGAGAGGUUUGGUGCGUCUGGUGGUGGUGGACUCUGUUGCUGCCCUGUUCAGAACAGAGUUCCAAGCUGAUGAAGCCAUUGAGAGAGCACGCCACCUGCUGGCCUUUUCCAGCACCCUCCAUCGCCUCAGCCAUACGCAUGCUGCACCUGUGUUCUGCAUCAAUCAGGUAUCAGAUGUUGUGGAUGGUCCCAACCCAGGACGCUGUGAUUAUGGGCUGGUAGACAGUAAGGUGCAACCUGCUCUGGGUAUUGCCUGGGCCAACCAGGUGAUGGUGCGUCUCAUGCUGUGGAGGCAGGAGGGCUGUUUAAGGUCAGGAGGUCGGACUAGCGCUCCCCGCAGACUGGAGGUGGUUUUUGCUCCACACCUACCCCGGGCCAGCUGCCUGUGUGGAGUAUGGGAAGAAGGAGUCAGAGCAAUUCCUGAUGAAGACCUCGGUGAAGAGCUUCAAACCACUUCAUGAUGGCACUUCCAGUAGAGACUAAUCUUUCAAUUAGAGAAUCUCUGGAGAUAAAGGACUCAAUCUACAAAUUGACUGAUUUAAAGCUUUUUUUUAACCAAGCACCAUCAUAUAAAAUGUAUUAUUUCUAUAAAUGCUGUGUAUUUAAUAAACAUGAUUUUAUAUCCCUCUGCUCAGGUA